AUGUCGGCCAACGAAGAAGACUUUACACCUUUCGACCCGGUGCGGUGUGAGCACUAUGCCAGAUUCGCAUCUCACUUGGAUAGAUGGCAGUUCGAUGUCAUGUACUGGCUUUUGUUCGUUUUCAAUCUGUUCAUCCUAUUCCUGGCAGCAUGGAAUUACACACGGACAUUGGACGCUGUGAGCGAACUCCCCGAGACGGACGCAAAAAGGAAAAAGGCCAUCAAGCAUUGCAUCUGGUUCAACUUGGGAUGCGUUUGCGUCUCAUUAGCGACGGUCAUUAUGGAGGUCUUCACCUUGAUGGCAUUGCAGUUCUGCGACGGCGAGGACCUCAUGUCGCUGUACUGGUCGACUUUCACCAUGAUUCAGGUCGGAUCUCUCAUUGCAGUAUGCGGAGUCAUUCUGGCCCUUGUCCACCAGCUGAGACAACGCAAGAACCCUCCAUGGGCUCUUGCUCUCGGCACACCCGUCUUGGUCAUCGCGGGUUUGUUCCACUACUUCCACACAUGCAUGGUCCGAAGAGUCAAGAAGGCGUCAGCGAGAAAGAGGAAGAUGAGCGACGCCGGAACGCUCCCCAUGAGCCAAGUGUACGUGCACCUUUCCACCCCGGGAAAUUGGAACACUAUUCAAGCCGAGUCUUCUGAUGAGGAUGAUGGCAUUCAAGGAGCUGAAAUUAUCGGGCUCACGAUGGACGGCGGCCCAAUCAUCCAUUUCAAGGACGCCGUGCCUUACAACUUGCCGAACAACAGCGAAAUCAUCGGGCGCUGCUCCAACGACAAGCCCAUUGUUAUCUGCCGCCGCGAUGGCUUCCAGCUGAUUUACAAUGGCACGGACGAGAGAGCGCCUUCUCCCAACCCGGCAACUAAGAGCACGGUCAAAAACAAAAGUCUAGAUCCCGUCAGAUCAGCCGCCUACGGCUACACCCCACCUUACACCACGCAUACACAUAUCUGGACGACUAUGACCAACAACGCCCGUUACCGCCCACAGUCAUGGCACAGCCCUUCUGAAGCCUUAUUCUCCACUGGCCUGCGUCCUAUCCAUUUUGGCUUUAUCCCUUUUCGGCCUCUUAUCAGGGUGAUCCCUGCCACAUAG